AUGACUUCGACUGCCAGCCCUCAGUCCAACCCGGCGCCCACCCCCUCUGCUGCGACUUCGGCUCCUUCAUAUGCUUCCGCUGCCGGUGCGAACAAGAAGCAAGCCUCCACGCCGCUGAUUGCGACGGGAUCCAACCCACCUGUGGUGGUCGGUGGCUCCUCUGCGCAAAAUGCAAAGCCGUCUGCUCCGUCACCAGUAAAUGGACGUCCUCCUAUCACACCUGCUGUGCCUGCUGCCCCUGCAGUCGCUCACGGCUCUUCCGCCAACAACAUGAACGGAAGCGCACCCGAUCACGCUCGCAAGAGCUCCGUUACCCUUAGCGCCAACGGCCCCAACAGCUUCGCUCCCAACGGCGGCCCCGUCGGUGGUGCAAAGCCCGGCAUUCAGUUCGGAUACAACUCUCCUGCUGUCGCGCACAGCACCCCUCAAGCUACCGCUGCUCCGAUCCCCAUUCCUGGAUCCAACCAGAGAGUGCCUUCUCCCGCGCACUCUCCCUCUCCUAUCCCCCAGCCCUCUGCUAGCGGUGGCCGCCCCCCUUCAGGCAUGGCUCAGCCCAACGCGAUGACCUUUGGCAGUCUCGGAAGCGAUGGCGAUCGCCACAUGAGACAAGCCUCUACUCCCCAGAGCCAGGCCGCUCUUCCUGCGAUGCCCGGCCAGCAUAUCCGACGCGAGUCCGGCGUUUCUCAGCACAGCGACGCCACUGGCCCUAACCAAGGCCCGGGCCGUGGAGGGUUCCAGCCCCAGGGCGGCCGUGGUCGUGGUUUCAACCCUCACCAGCCCCCGUACCAGGCCAACAUGGGAUUCCCCCCGAACCAACAGCAGUACAGAAACGGCCAGGGCCGCGGCGGUAUGCCGCCUGCCUUCCACCCCGGAAGACCCAUGCAACCCUACCCGAACUCGCCUCAGCCGGCCCGAAGCCCUGCUCUGGCCCAUUCUCAGCCCGGCCAUUCCCAGCCCGGAACCCCGAACAUGCCCCCGGCGCAGAUGCAUCCCAUGCCGAUGCCAGCUCCCUCUCCUCAGUACUACCAGCAGGGCCCGCCCCCAAAUGUAAUUCCCCCUCCCUUUCAAGAUCUUUCUGUUCCGUCGAAUUUGGGUGCUGUUUUCGUUCCUUCUUUCAAGGGCAAAAAGAAGAAUUUGAAGCACUGGGAGAAGUCUUCCCAUGUGAAGUCGAGACAAGUCGAAUUCUCGCAUGACUUGCCAUUCGACUCCAGCAGACCUCGGCGCCACAACAAGCAUGGAGAGCAACUUUGGGCCGACCGCAACGGUUUGAACCCGAGUUACUGUACAGACUUGGGCGACUAUGGCAUCACUGAGCUGGCCUACGUAUCGACUGAACCUAGUGGCUUUUGUCAAAUCUCUCGUUCCCCAGUUCCCCCUAUCGAUCUCUCUCCUGAAAGCGGUAACUACGAAAGAUUGCUAACUGAAACAAAGGCACAGUACGGCUACCCUCCCCAGGCAAACCACCAGUUCGACCAGUUUGGCCGACCCAUCUACUACAACCAGAUGGGAUAUAUGCCCUCUCCCGGAGCGCCCCCGGCUUUCCAGCCUGGCUACGCCCCGCCUGCGUUCCACCAGCCUGCGCCGACUCCCAUGUCACGCACCUCCUCUCACUCUGAGCGUCCCUCCUCUAGCACUGGCCAGCCGAACCAGCCUGUUGUUGUGUCUGGAACUCCCCAGCCUCAGAACGCACAAGUCAAGACCCCGGUUGUCGCGUCAUCUGGCAACUUCGUUCGCCCCAAGAAGAGUGCCGCUAUUGUCAUCAAGAACGCUGCCGGCGAAGCGGUUGACUUCAAGAAGAGCAUCAAGACUCCGUCGUCGCCUGCCCCUCCUAUCUCCGCAACACCUUCCCACGCCCGCACAGAUAGCCAGGCUACUCCCAAGACUCGUCAAGAGAUUCAGGAUGAGCUGAGAGCCAAGAUACAGCAGGCCAAGGGUGGCGAGGACAAGGCGAAGGAAGAGGCCGAUGCUAAGGCCAAGGCCGCCGAUGAAGAGAAGAAGGCUGCCGAAGCCAAAGAAGAAGCCCGCAAGGCUGAGGAGAAGGCAAAGGAAGACGCUCGCAAGGCUGAGGAAGAAGCCGAAGCGAAGCGCAAGGCUGAUGAGGAGGAGAAGGCCAAGGCCGCUGCCGCUGAGGAAGAGAAGAAGGCUGCUGAGGCCAAGGCCAAGGCGGAAGCCGAGAAGGCGGCUGAGAAGCCUGCCGAGAAGCCUGCUGCCGCUCCCGCUGAUGAGGAGGACGAGAUGGAGCGCAUGAUCCGCGAAAUGGAGGAGGAAGAUGCCCGUCGCGAGAAGGCUGCCGCCGAGUACGCCGCCAAGAAGCAAGCCGAGAAGGAGGCACAGAAGAAGCUUGACGAGGCAAACAAGGCUACCAACGCUGCUGAGGCUGACCGCAAGCUCCGUGAGGCCGAGCGCGAGAUGGAGCGUCUCGAAGAGGAGAAGGAGAGAAAGCGUGCACAGGGCGGAAACACCCCUUCCGUCGCCGAGCUGCUCGCCGGAAAGACUGGUGACAGCGAGCCCGCAAAGGUUGGCGAUGUUGCCGACAAGCUGUCCAACCUCAGCAUUGGUGACUCCAAGGCUUCGACCCCUACCGAGGCUUCCGCUCCCAAGGCUACUCCCACCGAGAAGCGCGGCCCCAAGCCGUCACCUCUUAACUUGGCUCCCCUCAACACCAAGCCUGUUGAGCCGCCCCAGCCCAGCGCUGCUCUUCAGUCCCUGAAGUCUGCCCGAUUCUUGACUGUCAUGAACCAAGACCUGUACCCUGCUGGUAUCAGCUCUCCCAACCCUGCCUUGAACGCUGCUGUUGCCAAGAAGGGCAAGACAUUCAAGUACGAUGCUCAGUUCCUGCUGCAGUUCCAGAAGGUCUUCACCGAGCAGCCUUCCACAGAGUUCCACCAGCAAGUCAAGUCUCUCAUUGGCGACAACGAUGGUUCUCGUUCUGCUUCUACCCCUCGUGCUGGUUCCGGUCGUGGUGGCUCCCAACGUGGCGCCGCUGCACCUCAAGUCGGUGCCAUGGGCAGCUUCCGCGGCCCCUCUAACAACGUCCGCGGCACAACUUCUGCUGAACGGUUCGCUAUGGCCAACGCAGCUAUGGGCUCAGGUGGCGGCCCCGUUGGUAAUAUGGGCACUUUCCGCCAGUUCCCUGGUCCUCAGAUGGUGAACCGAACACCCUCUUCCUCCAACAUGGGACCCAACUCCCCCCGAACCCGUUCUGCCAGAGGUGGUGGCAGCAGGCGUAACGACUACAACGCCAAGGAUGCGCAGGCGGCCAAGACCAUGCCUCUUACGGCUGGCAUGGAGCUCAAGCCCAUCACUGUUUCCGCUUCAGGCUGGAAGCCUACCAGUGUUGGCAAGGGUCCCUCAGCAUCUGGUCCUACUCCUGGCGGCGACCACAUGGAUCCUCAGAUGGUUCAGCGCAAGGUCAAGGCUGCUCUCAACAAGAUGACUCCGGAGAAGUUCGACAAGAUUGCCGAUCAGAUUCUGGCCAUCGCGGGCCAGUCCAAGGACGAGUCCGAUGGCCGUACUCUCCGCCAGGUUAUUCAGCUGACCUUCGAGAAGGCCACCGACGAGGCCCACUGGGCUUCCAUGUACGCCAAGUUCUGCAAGCGUAUGCUUGACACGAUGAGCCCUGAGAUCCGUGAUGAGAACAUCAAGGACAAGAACGGUGUCGUUGUUAGCGGAGGUGCCUUGUUCCGCAAGUACCUCCUCAACCGUUGUCAGGAGGAGUUCGAGCGCGGCUGGAAGGUCAACCUGCCCGCUAAGCCCGAGGAAGACGAGGGCAAGCCCCAAACGAACGAGGCCGCCAUGCUUUCCGACGAGUACUACAUUGCCGCUGCCGCCAAGCGUCGUGGUCUUGGUCUCGUCCAAUUCAUUGGUGAGCUGUACAAGCUUGGCAUGUUGACGGAGCGCAUCAUGCACGAGUGUGUUCGCAAGCUUGUCGACUACGAGGGUAUCCCCGACGAGGCUGAGAUAGAGUCUCUCUCCAAGUUGUUGAGAACCAUUGGUAACAACCUUGACGCUUCGGAGAAGGGCAAGGCCUUGAUGAACGUCUACUUCGACCGCAUCCAGCACAUGAUGGACAUGCCUGAGCUUCCCAGCAGAUUGAAGUUCAUGCUCUUGGACGUCGUCGACCUUCGCAAGGCUGGCUGGGCUUCUAAGGAGGCCAACAAGGGUCCCAAGACUCUUGAUGAGAUUCGCGCAGAGGCUGAGGCAGCUGCUGCCCAGAAGGCAAUGGAGAACCAGCGCGGCGGCAGCCAACGCGGUCCCGGCGGCCGCCCCAAUGUCGGCCGUGGUGAUUCUCGCAACUUCUCCUCUGGCUACAUGCAGGCCCAGUCCAACCAAGUCGGUAUGGACGACUUGCGCCGCCUGAAGGGCUCGACGAGCAGAGCUGCCAGUGGCAAUAUCUCUCUUGGUCCCACCUCCAUGUUCAGCUCUCGCAGCAACAGCGGACGCAGACUCGGACCUGGCGGCUCUCUUGGCCGCCCUGGCGAGGACUCUGGUGCUUCAUCCCGCACCGGCACUCCCCCCACCACCCAACAUCAAAACGCCUUCAGUGCACUCGCCAACUUGGACAGCGAAACCCCGGCUUCUCCUCCUUCGACUGCUGCCUCUCCUGCACUGUCCAAGGCUGUUCCCGACAGCUCCGCUGCCGAGAGCAAAUGA